AUGAAUAUAAGCGGAAUAUUUACGGCGAAGAAAGCUACAAGGGGUUCAGAAUUUCUGAACCCUGAAAAUCUGAAAUCAAUGAAUAUAAGCGGAAUAUUUACAGCGAAGAAAGCUACAAGAGGUUCAGAAUUUCUGAAUCCUGAAAAUCUGAAAUCAAUGAAUAUAAGCGGAAUAUUUACAGCGAAGAAAGCUACAAGAGGUUCAGAAUUUCUGAAUCCUGAAAAUCUGAAAUCAAUGAAUAUAAGCGGAAUAUUUACAGUGAAGAAAGCUACAAGGGGUUCAGAAUUUCUGAAUCCUGAAAAUCUGAAAUUAAUGGAUAUAAGCGGAAUAUUUACAGCGAAGAAAGCUACAAGGAGUUCAGAAUUUCUGAAUCCUGAAAAUCUGAAAUCAAUGAAUAUAAGCGGAAUAUUUACAGUGAAGAAAGCUACAAGGGGUUCAGAAUUUCUGAAUCCUGAAAAUCUGAAAUCAAUGAAUAUAAGCGGAAUAUUUACAGUGAAGAAAGCUACAAGGGGUUCAGAAUUUCUGAAUCCUGAAAAUCUGAAAUCAAUGGAUAUAAGCGGAAUAUUUACAGCGAAGAAAGCUACAAGGAGUUCAGAAUUUCUGAAUCCUGAAAAUCUGAAAUCAAUGAAUAUAAGCGGAAUAUUUACAGCGAAGAAAGCUACAAGAGGUUCAGAAUUUCUGAACCCCGAAAAUCUGAAAUCAAUGGAUAUAAGCGGAAUAUUUACAGCGAAGAAAGCUACAAGAGGUUCAGAAUUUCUGAACCCCGAAAAUCUGAAAUCAAUGGAUAUAAGCGGAAUAUUUACAGCGAAGAAAGCUACAAGAGGUUCAGAAUUUCUGAACCCCGAAAAUCUGAAAUCAAUGGAUAUAAGCGGAAUAUUUACAGCGAAGAAAGCUACAAGAGGUUCAGAAUUUCUGAACCCCGAAAAUCUGAAAUCAAUGGAUAUAAGCGGAAUAUUUACAGCGAAGAAAGCUACAAGAGGUUCAGAAUUUCUGAACCCCGAAAAUCUGAAAUCAAUGGAUAUAAGCGGAAUAUUUACAGCGAAGAAAGCUACAAGAGGUUCAGAAUUUCUGAACCCCGAAAAUCUGAAAUCAAUGGAUAUAAGCGGAAUAUUUACAGCGAAGAAAGCUACAAGAGGUUCAGAAUUUCUGAACCCCGAAAAUCUGAAAUCAAUGGAUAUAAGCGGAAUAUUUACAGCGAAGAAAGCUACAAGAG